UCUACUGGUCUAAUGCAUGUCGUGUAGAGCAGGUGGCUGAUGUGAUGCCCCGCAACAGGUGGGAAGAAAUUAAACAUUUCCUUCAUUUGAGUGACAACACGACACCCAACAACAGUGACAGGCUGUUCAAAAUUAGGCCACUAAUUGAUUCCCUGCUCCCCAAAUUCCAAGCUCUGCCUCAAGAUCAGAUGUCAUUUGAUGUCCAUUUACGAACAAAUUGUGCCAUUUAAAGGCAGAUCAGUUCUAAAACAAUACAUCCCCAAAAAGCUGUACAAAUGGGGAUACAAAAUCUUUGUUUUGUGUGACACAAAAGGCCUGGUGCACUCAUUUGAUGUUUAUGCAGGGAAGUCUGAUCCUCCACCAGGUUCACAAGACAUCGGGGCAAGCGGGAACGUCGUGCUAAAACUUGCACAAGUUAUUGAAGGCUCUGUCAACCACCUGCUGUACUUUGAUAACUGGUUUUCCUCGCUCGAUUUGUUUGUAGCUCUCGCAAACAGGGGGAUACCAGCCCUUGGCACUGCACGGCCAAAUCGCCUGCAAGGCUGCAGAUUCAGUGAAGACAAAAAACUCAAAAAGAAGGGAAGGGGGACAUUUGAGGAGCAACAGGCUGUUGUUGGCCAUGUGGAGGUUAGGGCUGUCAAAUGGUUUGACAACAGAGGGGUGGUUGUUGCCAGCACUUUUGCAAGUGCCCAGCCUGUUUCCAUCACAGAGAGGUGGGACAGAAAGCAAAGGAGGAAAGUGUCUGUGGAAUGUCCUAGCAUCAUCACCCUCUAUAAGAAGUUCAUGGGUGGUGUUGAUGCACUUGAUGCCCUAAUCGCCUACUACCGCAUCCACAUUAGGUCUAAGAAGUACUACCACCGAUUCUUCUUUCACUUCGUGGACAUGGUGGUGGUCAACGGCUGGUUGCUCUAUCGGCGUGAUUGUGACAAUAUGAAUGUUCCACGGAAGAAGCAGAAGGACUUGCUGGCUUUCAGGCUUUCCAUUGCACAGGCCCUCUGCAUGCAAGGCAAAGAUCUGUCGGCCAAAAAGAGGGGGCGGCCUUCGUCUGACGUGGAGCGAGAGUUCAAGAAGAAGCAGCGCAGGGGACCAACCAAGGCUAUUCCCACACAAGAUAUCCGUGCUGAUGCUGUGGGUCACUGGCCGCAAAUCGACAGUGUGCGGCAACGCUGCAUAUUCCCUAAGUGCACGGGCCACACUAGCAUCAAGUGUACAAAAUGUGAUGUUCACCUGUGCCUAAACAAGAACAAAAACUGCUUCUGUGCAUUCCACGAGUGAGAAAAAUAAAAAAACAUCUUUUUUUUACAUUUUUGUGCGUGUGUGCAUAC